GAUAAAAUUCGUAUCUCUAAGCGACCAUGUAAUAUUCUGUUUAUCAUAUAUUUACAUAUGAAAGCAAAUUAUGUUGUAAAAUAUUUUUUUAGUUCUUACUUCCACUAUAUAGAGAAACUGCUCGAAUCUGUUAUUUUCCUAUCAACUUCACGAAAAUGGGGAAAUAUAGGUAUUUGGUAGAUAAUUAUAUGAUAAUGAUUGUUUUCUUUGGUGUCUAUUUGACUAUCACACUUUGAUAGUUGGAUUUUUUUCGCGAAUUGAACGAUUUCACUGUAAUAGUCGSCAACUCUGUUAUCUUUUAUAUUUCACUUUGUCUAUUAGACUGUCGUUUUUAUUUGAUUUUGAAAGAUUAGUUAGACUAAUAAUUAGUAUCCCAAUCUGAAUAUAUWGUUUUCUUUCCUUCUUUGUCAGCAAAUACAAUCUGAUAAGUCGGUUUGAUUGCGACUUUUUGUCUGAGCGACUUCAGAUUUUAUUUCACAGUCGUUUUUAUUACGACUUUUUGUCUAAAUGACUUUCGAUUUUAUUUCACGGAAAUUUUACGGCUUAAAUGUACUUUUCCACGCUACUAUAUCUUUCAUUGUACAUCAUGACGAAGCGGUUUUCCUAGUUGUGAAUGUGAGGCAAAAACAUCUUAUAUGACGUUGUUCAACUACCGCUUUUAUCUCUUUAAAUAUCGACCUAUGAGCGACAGGCAUUUUGGACAAGCUUCCGUUUUCACCUGCUAUAGCGCCCACUCAUUACAAGAUUAAUCUUUACGAAUCAUUUCUAAUGAUGUUUCGUGCAAAUGCCCAGUCGAGUUUAUUCUUUCUCGUUUUAUUCUGCUUCAAAUCGAGCAGCAACAGCACUCACUACAAUGGUUCAGACUCUAGAAUGACACAAAAUAACACCGAAACAGAAGAAGAUGACAGUUCUUUCAAGCUUCCUGUUUUCAGGAACCACUACACACGAACGACUUUGGUGAUCUUUUUUGUUUUGGUUGCUAUACUCUCAAUCCUUAGCAACUCCUUAAUCAUAUAUGUCGUCAAGGCAAACCAUCACUUACACAUAUCCAUCAAUUUCCUCAUCGUGAAUAUGGCGUGCGGGGAUUUCAUGGCAACAGUCGUCGCUUUUCCUCUUUCGWUAUACUAUAUGUAUCAUGGACACCAAUGGAUGAUCCCAGGAGACAUUGGUCUCUUCAUGUGUCAGCUAAGGAGAUACCUGUUCUUUGUUCCUCUGUUUUGCUCUAUAUUCAGUCUCGUUGCUAUCACUUUUGAUCGAUUCCAGGCUGUGAUAUACCCCAUAGCGUACACGCAAGGAAAUAAAUGGAACAAAACAACGAUAUUCGUUAUAUGGCUUGCUUCGCUAAUUCUUCCUUUACACAAUGCAAUAACGAACGUGGUAAUAAGACAUCACAACGGUGAAGACUUCUGUUUGACCAAUGAAUCCAUGCCGGAUGCGCUCUUUAUCAUUAUCCUUGGCUACGCCGUCCCUCACGUKAUUAUGACAGUCUUGUACUUUCURAUUGCCUUCAAGCUUUACAAAAGGAGAGUUCCAGGAGAGAGAAAUCCAUCCAAUACCAAUCACCAAAAUAGCGCUAAACAAACAGCCUGUAAAGUGACGCGGAUGAUUAUUUGCAUUCUUAUGGCKUUUGAACUWUGUUGGGCCCCAGUAUUCUUUCUCUACAUCGGACCAUCUUUGAGGAACACGCUGUUUAAGUACGUGGGAAAGAUCGAAGGUGCUAUGAUUUCCAAGAUCUUGAUGAUGUUCAAUGGAGUUUCAAAUGCGAUGAUUUACGCCGUUUACAAUGCAAACUUCAGGCGAGCAUUCAAAGCGGUCGUUUAUAACGAGACAGUAGCAAUGUCUUUGAAGAAGAUUAGUUUGAUGAGCAACUCGARAAGAGUAUGGGACAAAAGUGGUUCAUCGAGCAUCGAUACUUCGCAUAGACUCGCCAAAGCAAACCCAGUCAYUAUAAUGAAAUUUCAACCCCUGGACGAAAUCUCCAAGUGUAGUAACGCACCGUGAAACCCUCAACUGCUUCGAAGGCUUUGCGAAACCCUUGGUCUGUCCUAAUAGAAGGAGAAGACUCAUAUUUAUAUGCAUUGGCGAGCAAAACAGACACUGUUAAACUCGAGAAACUAUAGAGUAACUGCGGAAAAUUUUAGAGUAAAUGUAAGUCAGGAAAACAGAUGAAAAUAUCAGCAGUGUCGGUGAUUAUUAGAUAAAUGUUUUGGAAUAUUCGUAAAUAAUUGUAAAGUGCUCACCGGCGCGGGAAACCGGUCUGUAAUAAACUCUGCAGUCCCGGUACCAACAAUUACCGGAGAGCGUCAAAUGUGGCUUGAUUAUGUCCAUUGCUCGUAAUUUACUCAUAUAAGAUUUCUUUGCUUUCUUUUAAUUGCUGCUUAAUUGUUUUAAUAUACUUUGUACUAUGUAGAUUAAAUAAAGUUUGAAAGACGAAUUGUAAACUCAUGAGGAAAAUUAAUUUGRGUAAACACUAUAAAAGUGAUCUAUGUUUCGAGAUCAUGUUUUCAUUUUGAGKUCUUCAAAGUUAAAAAUAAUCCCAGAACAUUUAUUAUACUCAUUUCUA